CGCGCCGGCGAAGAAGAGCUCCAAGCCCAAGGGCAAGGACAAGUACCUCGCGGAGGCGCCACCAUCCGAUCCGGAGUUCAUGUCCGGCACCCCCGACUUUGACGACGACGCGCUGCCGCCGACCUCCUUCGACCCGUUCGCCGACGAGGCGGCCGAGGCGGGCGCCGGCGCCGCCGGGGCCGGGGACGACGGCCGCGUGCACCUCCGCGUGCAGCAGCGCAAUGGCAGGAAGACGCUGACCACGGUGCAGGGGCUCAGCAAGGGCUACAACUACGCCAAGGUGCUGCGGGACCUCAAGCGGGACCUCUGCUGCAACGGCACCGUCGUCGAGGACAAGGAGCUCGGCAACGUCAUCCAGCUGCAGGGCGACCACCGCAAGAAGGUCGCCGCCUUCAUCGCCAAGGCGGGGCUCGCCAAGACGGACUGCAUCAAGGUCCACGGAUUCUAGUCGCGCGCGCGCGUCGUCAGGAUCGAUCUGUGUCCAAAAAGUUUGCUUUAGUUUCGAGUCUCUGCUUUCGUUUAGAACUUAUUAGGAGUGCGCUUUGAUUACUUUGCGAUCGGGUUUGCUGUUUGGUGAUUUUACUUCCGUGUGAGUUUAUUUAGCCAUAAUGGCUUGCAAUUGUCAGCUUAAUUGUGUAAGGUGUCGUACUUUUGCUACAUCAAUAAUAAUGCAGACUUUUAUAUCAA